UUGAUCCAUAUAUGGCAGCGUCUCUGCCCCUCCGCUCUACGCCAUUUUCAAGCGUCCCGCACGUUCCUGUCAGGCUGUGAUAUCUAGUAUACAAGGAGGUGGGGGAAGAGCAUGGGAGCAGACCAACAGUUCUGUCUCCGGUGGAACAACUUUCACACAAAUAUAACUUCGGCUUUUGAAUCUUUGAGAGACGAUGAAGAUUUUGUCGACAUUACUUUGGCCUGCGAGGGCAGACAGAUCAAAGCUCACAAAAUGGUGCUUAGCGCUUGCAGUCCUUACUUCAGAAGUUUGUUAAGGGGCAAUCCCUGCCAGCACCCAAUUGUGUUCCUCAAAGAUGUCACGUUUGCCAACCUUAGUUCCAUAUUGGACUUCAUGUAUCACGGGGAAGUUAAUGUCUCGCACAACGAGCUCGCCACCUUCUUAAAAACUGCUGAGGCUCUCAGAGUUCGAGGACUGGCAGAAGAUGACAACAAGAGGGAUGGCGACAGCUGUGCAGAGCCCAGUUCUCCCCCACCCCCACGCGACCCCCCUGAGCCCUGCUCCCCCGGACGGCCUGACGAAGGCGGCGGCGGGGUCGUUGAGUUCUCAGACCCUCCUGACGUGCAGCCCUCGAAGCGGCGGCGCUCUGGCAGCAUAGCGGACGAUGCUUCCGGCCCUACUCAAGUCUUGCCUGAUAAUGUUAAGAAUGAACCUGAAGAAUAUAUUAAUGAUGACGAGGAUAUGUUAGCACAACAACAGCAGCAGCAACAACAGCAGCAUUUAUCUAGUGAUGACAUCAAGAUGGAUGGGUUUUCAAGUAGCGCAGAAGAUGCGGGCGCGGAGUACCUAGGAGGAGGAGAGACGAGCAGAAGUAACGCAACAAUGCAGCAGCUACAAGACAGCUUCAGUCCUUUUAUCCCUGGCAUGAGCGUGCAGAGCUCGGCAGCUUCCUCCUUCCUGUCACAUCCUGCAGCCGUGAGCUCUGCUGACCAUGGCAGGGGGCAUCCUCCCUUCUCGCUCGAGGGGGUCCAAGGCCUGCCCCCCGGUAUCUCAGCUCUACCGGGCCCUUCGCUGCCCCAGUCUGGGGGCGGUGGUCAGGACAGCUCUGCCCAAGGGUGUGUGAGUGGCGGGUCUCGAUGGCAGUGCCCUAUGUGUCACAAGCUCCUCAGCACGCGCUCUAACCUCAAGAUCCAUGUGGCAGACAAACAUUCAACCCUUCAGCACGCGUUCCCAUGUCCGGUAUGCGGCAAUAUUUACAAGACGCGAAAUUCACUGCAUAACCAUCUGAGUAUCCGACACCGAGGUGUUCGUAUGCCUCGACAUCCCGGAGUCCCAGCUGCAUCCCGUCCGCGGUAUGAAUCACCCCGCGUUGUGCACACGAGCGAAUUCUCCCGCCCGGAGCCCCUGCACGCCAUGCUGGGUCGCACGCCUGUCCAGUCCAGUUCCAUGCCCCUCGAGCUCACCACAUCUCGCACUCACGCUCCUCUCCCCUACAUCUCCCCCUCUUCUGACCCCCCUCAUCCUCCUCCUCCUCACCUUGCUUCCCCGACGACAGUCACGCAUCCCAGCCGCGCCCUCAUUCACCCCCGCGAGGACCUGCUUCCCCGCAGGCAUCACCGGACGCCCCCGACUUCGUAGCGUAGCUACUGCCGAGCCUGCGCCUCCAGGACCCGUUCACGGGACGCAUGAGUGCGGCCCGUGUGAAGUAUGAGCGGCCCGAAGGAAGCAUGAAAGCGGUCCGCGGGAAGUACGAGUGCAACCAGCGGGAAGUAUGAAAGCGGUCCGCGGAAAGUACGAGUGCGGCCUGAAGGAAGUAUGAAAGUGGUCCGCGGGCCGUAUGAGUGCGACCUGAGGGAAGCAUGAAAGCGGUCCGCAGGCUGUUCGAGUGCGACCCGAGGGAAGUAUGAAAGCGGUUCGCGGGCAGUACGAGAGCGGCCCGAGCGAAGUAUGAGUGCGGCCCGUUGAAAAUAUGAGUGCCCAUUGCAACAGUGGAAAGUGCUGUGAUUUAGGCUUAAAUUUCUACCCUAUUUGUUAAGAGUGUAAUUCUACUUGGCGUGAGAAUAUUCGCUUAUCACAGAGUACAUCUUCUACUAGGCUUGCAGUGUAUUAUUAUAUUAAUAUAAAAUUAGCUGUAUUAGUUGCCUGUCUUGAUAAACGGACAAAUUAUGCUUUUAUGAAGUAAUGUAACUCCAAUAAUGGUAAGAACAGCCGAAGAAUAUUGAGAUUAUUUUAUUGGGAUGAUUUUUUAACAGUUUUACGUUCACUUUAUUGCUGUUGUUCUUGUUGAGUUCUAUAAGAGCUGUUUUCUAUAGUCCUUUUUUGAUGAAGGAUUGAGCAUGUUUAGUCGCUUAUGUCCUGGUUCGCGGGUUCCUCCUAACCAGAAUGUGGGACAAUUCUUGAAGAAAAGUCGCCUUACUUCGCUGGUUUCUUGGAAUCUCGAAGAGAAUUUUCUAUAAAAUCGUCUAUAAAUUUCUAUAGAAUUUUAUAAAUUUUAUAGAAUUUUCUAUAAAAUCCUUGCUUCCACCGACACCGACACGACUCGCUGCAAAGCACUCUUAAUUUACCACUUCAGUUCACCUUCUACAAAAUUUUUAUAUCUCAUUCAAGCUUGGCACUUAUUUUCCACUGUUAUUAUUUUGCAUGACCUAUAUUUUUAAACAUUACGUAUCGCUGAUAGUUGUGGAACGUUUGUGUUCUCAUAUGAUGAGUGUCAUACUAGGUUUCCCGAGCUUGAGUUGUUAUUGAAUGGAUUAUAUAUGGAAUGGAUUAUAAUGGAUGGAUUAUAUUGAGAUGUAUUAUACACAUCGCAUUCAUUGAUUGCAUUCCCGGGAAUAAUUCAGUGAACUAGCGUUUGCAGGCCAUUGAUAUCUCUGCCAUUGACUUGUCGUUCAUCACUGAUCUUCAUUUCGUUUACAUUUACUAGACUUUCUUUCUAAGAUUGGCCAUAUGCUUUAAUAUAAAUAUAAUGAUUUAUGAGAUAAACGUCGCAGGCCUGCAGUAUAUUUAAUGUUGCUUAAAAAUUUCUAUUGUUAUUAUGUUAAUCCAGGCGAUUCUGAGUAGUCAUCGCUUAGAGUUCUGACAUUCAAAUCAUGUAUUAUUCUAAAAUCGUAUUUUAAUUUUAGCGUCGCAAAGUUUUAUAAUUGUGCCGUAUUUCUCAGACGCGGCUUGUUUGUUUACGAUGGUCUCAUUAUGGCAAUUUUGAAAACAUUUACAUGAUAAUCCAGCCCAGGGUGCGGUAUAGUGAUGCAGCUGAGCGCAUUACCGACGCAGACGCGACAUGCUUGAGGAACCAUCGAGUGCAGCAGCAUGACGGCGGUGGGGAGAACUAGCGUGCUAGGAGGGGAAGCCUGCAGGGUGGAGGGAGGGAGUGUGAUGUCGCGGCGCCCAGACAUCCGGGACGGCAGUUAACCUGCUCUGAAUUACCGCGUCGUGUUGGUGAUGUGGUUGCUUUUGAUGGUGGUGACCUGCAGACAGUCAAAAUUUGAUGCUCAGUCCGUCUUAUUCAGUGCUAUUGUUCUAGUUUAAUGUUUCAGCGUCAUGCAUUACUAGCCCUUAACAAGCGUGACUAUCGCACGUCAAUUCACAGGGCGCAGUCCGGCGUUUCUAUAAGCUCCUUGCACUAACGUGAUUUCGCUGUUUUUCACAUCACUUCUUCAGUCGCUCAGAUAACUUAUUCGUAUGGACGCAAUUUAUUCGAUCGUGCACGUUCCUUGCUAUACGUUUCAGUAUUAUUAUCACCGCGUGGAUUACUAAAAAUUCCUGAGUUUUUUUUCUUCAAUUGUCGUACGUAACCUUAUUGAAAUAAGUUUCCGUUGCAUUAUUUUUUUUUCAUGUUCGCUCAAAAAACUUUCAAAUAAAUUCUGCCUUACUUGCAAACAAAAACUCUUCUCGGCGUCUUAAGGGCAGUACGUAUAAUACCAGUAGCUUGUGCCUGACAAGGAACAGGUUAUUUGAACGUUGAAUGCUUGCUGCCGUCGGUGAACGACCUGUGCGCUUAAAACCUUCGCACGCGAAAAAUUCCACGGCACGCGAGCGCCGACAAUGGUAGAUCUGGCGCAGGAACAGCGAAGGCUUACUUAUGUACUAUUUCUUGCCAGCUGAACUGCUCACAAUCUCUAUAACAACGGCUUCAUCUACACGAUUUACUCAAAUCCCAGAAUUAUCCUUCUCGCAGCCCAUACGCCGAGUUACAAACGAACAAUUUUGAGUACCACGAAUUUGCCGAUGGUCGUGAUGUCCUGUUUCACGCCUGCUAUUCCCAAAAUAUGCACGUACCCAAGUUGUAGGCAAAAUUGUGAUUGAACGACUUAGUUUAUCAAGGAGGGUUGGAGGCACUUGGCUCUCUGGAUACAGCUUUCAAUAUUAAUUGUUCAGUUCCUUCAACAAGCUAUAAUCUGGCAUGCAACUGUUCUGAUGUACUUGCUGGUUAAGUGGGAAUUUUUUCUGAAUUUUGAACGCCUUAUGUCUAGAUUUCUUUUUUCUUACAUCCCUCUUUAGAUUUCUGUUUUUACAUUUAGUUGUCGGUUACCUAGAUGCAAUAUUCGUUUAAAGUUUAAAAAUGCCGGAAUUAGUUAUAUUUUUUAUAUUUUUCUUGUUGUCAUACUUCUUGAAAGUACUGCGCUUUUAGUAUAGGUCUUAAUCUCCGAGUGCGCUCGCUGACUUCUCGAUCGCAAGUGAUUCUGUGCCAUGAACGAAGAAAUAGCGUCGUCUGCAUUUUGUCUCUAGAAGCUAUAAUGUCGACGAAUGCACACAUGUCCGCGCCGCUUUUCUAUCUUAUUUUCGCCAAUAAUAAUAAUAAUAGAUCCAAGCCAAGUAGUGUGGCUUUAUUGGCAUUUGUUGUCAAAUGCCUCUUAGAAUUCAGCGCCGCAUUCUGCCGGCAAAUGGGAUUCUACAAACCGCGUUAUGCUGAAAGAAAAUGCCUUUAGAUGCCUCAAAAAUUUUAUAGUCACUUCUGCAAUGCUGGCAGUAACCUUGGUAAUGCAAUAGCCGAUCUCUGCUCUGAGAGACAUUACCAAUUCAUUUACCAUUAAUUUAAUUGGUUCAUUUGAUUGAUGUAUGAUUUGUACAUGAUUUUUAAAACCUAACUAAUUUAUUAAAAAACGGAAAGAAUUACUCGCAAGGUAAAAAACGUGGUUUUUAUGAUAUGUAAAUUGAUGUGUGUUGAUCGGCAGUCUUCUGAAUAUAAUCUACAUGACGAAGGGAAUCUUCAGUGGUCGAACACUGAGUGCUCUGCAUUUUUCUUGGGCGUGGUGAAUAAUUGCAAACACCGUCUGCUCCCUAUAGACUAUUCAUUUUAACCGGAUUCUGAAGAAAAACAUCCGGCGGCACAAAAAGUUAUGCUUUAAAAAGGGUGACUGCGAUUCUUCAUCUUCUGCUUAGCGAAAAACAAGAAAAAAUAAAUAAUUCUGCUUAAAAAAAAUAAUUUGCAUUUGAGUGCAAUUCUCUACCUAGCUGGCGAAGGUGAUGCUUGGCAGUCGUUAGUUCAACAUACAAUUUUCGUUGAAUGUUGUCCGCCUCGUGUGUGGACGUUGGCUCAGGACGAUCUAUUCCGUACGUUGGAACUUUAUUUGCCUUACCCGCAGCCACCGCAUCACUUUUCAAUCUGAAAGUAACAUUGGUAGAAGAAAACUGGAUGUGUUCUCGUGAAGCUCUUGUUUAAUUUCCAUUUGGUAUUACUUUAUUCACUGGACUGUAUACCUACCUGACAACCAAGAUUACGUAAGCAAUCUUUUGGCGAGCUCUCAGGGCUGAGCCGCCUAUUUAGAGAAGGGGUAAUAAGUCGGGACUUAAUGCAUCAUUACUUAAUUAUGUGUUGAAAAUAAACGCUUAUAUAGUACAUGUAAAAUAGUUUACCGUGAAAUUUGCAUUUUAUUUGACUCGGAGGGACUUGAGUUAUCUUCUCACGGUACUGCAGUGAUAGCGCGCUGGGCUGGCUUGGUAAACGGAACUCAAUUUCAAUCGAAACUGCUGAGGAAAUAGCCAAUAAAAUUUGAAGAGUUGUUGAUGCGAUCUCUGGAAGCGUACCUGUUGUGUUAGUUGUUAUUGUGCUUGUAAUGAUGCGACGAAUGCGCGACGUUGCGAGGCUCAUAUUGCAGUGUCGCAUGCAUAACGUAUACGUACCGUGGAUAAGUUCAUAUUUUGGUGGUGCACGGCGUGGGUAUGUGUUACAUUGUUAACUUUCUAUUCUAGUGAUAUAGGAAGUAUGGAUAACUAACGCUGUUAAUUGGAAGUAACGUUGUUAACUUGGUAUUGUAAUUUUAGAUGAAGUACGUUAUAUGGCUGUGCUGGUGGCGAUAUAUGGCGCGCUGGUGAUGGUGGCGAUAUAUGGCUGUGCUGGUGAUGGUUGCGAUAUAUGGCUGUGCUGGUGAUGGUGGCGAUAUAUGGCUGUGCUGGUGAUGCUGGCGAUAUAUGGCGCGCUGCUGAUGGUUGCGAUAUAUGGCUGUGCUGGUGAUGGUGGCGAUAUAUGGCUGUGCUGGUGAUGCUGGCGAUAUAUGGCGCGCUGCUGAUGGUUGCGAUAUAUGGCUGUGCUGGUGAUGGUGGCGAUAUAUGGCUGUGCUGGUGAUGGUGGCGAUAUAUGGCUGUGCUGGUGAUGGUGGUCGCUAAGUUCCUGUAGUGCCUAAUGAAGGUAGCGCCCUAAGCUAUCGUAUUCUUCUUAUUUUUUAUAGGUAACGUAGUUAUUAAAGAUUCAGAAAUCGAAUGAUCGUUUUCUCAUCUAGAUUGGAACUGUGAUAAAUUGAACGCUUCUAGAGUCUAGCUAAAUUAUGAUUUCUAUGCUAAUUGAGGUUAACUCUGUUUAAUAUUUAUAUUUAUUAGCUAACCCAAUGUCAAUCCUAUUCGCAAGAUCCAUUAGCUCUAAGCUAACUUUACUCUUUGUUGCGUGUUGCUUAGAUGAAUAUUUGUUUUAUUCUUCAUUGCACGAGACGUGUCUAAUAAGGCAGGAAAUAAAAUUUAAUACCAUUUUAUGUGCACGUGCCCAAAAAUUGUAUUAUUCAUUAUCUAUUUGAAGUAAUAAGCUUGAUGUAUGGCUGUGUUUAUUGUAGGAGAUAUCGACGCUUAACUCCCCAUAUUUGCAGUUUCUUGAAGGUUAUCUUCGCUAAGCUCCAAAUCAAUCGUAUUUAAGAAUUCUUAUCGCUGUGCAUUGAUUCACUGCAAUAUUGUCUUGCUUCUCUCGGGGGAUUUGAUUUAUCACGCUUACCAUUACGACAGUAAUAGUAGCUCGAGGUGUGUAUGCCUCCGCGUGUUCUCGUUAUUUGUUAGUUAUUAGUUAAAGCCAUUGCUAAGGCUGUGCUUUGUAAUUUUACGCUCAUCUGCUUAAAACUGUGAAUUACUUCCUUUCGAGGCUUCUGUGUUGAACAAGAUCACUUGAACCCGUCAGAAAGUUCAAGUUGCGGAUGCAUUUUUCUAAGCUGGAAAGUUGUUAUUAGGUUACAUUUCCGUGUCGCCAUGUGAUUGUUACACAAUAUUUUGGCUUCUGCAGCGAUAUCUCGUGUAGCUUCUUGCAUCGAGAAUACCAAGUACCCGCUUCCUUGCCCUGGUUUACAUUGUUGGUUUCGUAUCUUUUCAACAAAGGCUCACAUUCAUCUUGUAAACAUGCUACCUAAAUUAAAAUAUUGCAAAAGCUG